CUAGUGUCCACCAAAUUCCUCAGCGCUCUCUCACACUCCUCUGCGGCCAGGACUCCGGGGGUGGGGACACAGAGCCGGGUUCCUCCCCGCAGAAGCCCUCUCGGUUCCUUCUCACAGCUCUGCGAAGGGGAAAAGGAGUGUAAGACUCAACCAGCCCCCCGACUCCCGCUCCCAGCACGAGGUGGCCGCUCCGCCCUCCACCCCCGGGGGCCCACUGGUUUGGGGCUCGCGCUCGCUCGCUCUCUGUCUCUCUCUCUCUCUCUCUCUCUGAUCCUCUCCCCCAAACAUGUCCACCGGCUCCCUCAGCGAUGUGGAGGACCUCCAAGAGGUGGAGAUGCUGGACUGCGACGGGCUGAAAAUGGACUCGGGCAAGGAGUUUGUGACUUCCAACGAGAGCACCGAGGAGAGCUCCAACUGCGAGGCGGGGUCGCCCCAGAAGGGCCGCGGAGGCCUGGGCAAGAGGAGGAAGGCGCCCACCAAGAAGAGCCCCUUGGGCGGCGUCAGCCAGGAGGGGAAGCAGGUCCAGCGCAACGCGGCCAACGCGCGCGAGAGGGCCCGGAUGCGGGUGCUGAGCAAGGCCUUCUCCAGGCUCAAGACCACCUUGCCCUGGGUGCCCCCGGACACCAAGCUCUCCAAGCUGGACACGCUCAGGCUGGCGUCCAGCUACAUCGCGCACUUGAGGCAGAUCCUGGCGAACGACAAGUACGAGAACGGUUACAUUCACCCGGUCAACCUGACGUGGCCCUUUAUGGUGGCCGGGAAACCCGAGAGUGACCUGAAAGAAGUGGUGACCGCGAGCCGCUUAUGUGGAACCACAGCAUCCUGACCUUGGAGGUGCGAGUCUGGGAAAGGCGCGCUCCCGGGGGGAGCAGGCCCCGGGAAGGCGACCCCUGCCCUCCCUGCUCUCUGUCUCUGCUUCCCCCUCGCGACGCUCCUCUCCCUGCCCCCUCCCCCCCCCCCCACCUCGAGAACACUUUACAGCGACGAGGAGAUUCGUUUCCAAACCAGAGGAGAUCAAUUGUACUUACAAAGAUUCCCAUCUAUUUAACUUUAUUAACUUCUACCGUGAAUGACUCUGCGAGCCUUGCUGGUCCAAGUGCCAUACGUAAUUAUAAAUAUAUAAAUAGAUAAUAAGAGCAUAUCGACGUGUAUCUUUUGUACAAUAUGUUGUAAAUUGUAGAUCAUAGAAUAGCUGACUUUGACAGUCACAUUUAUAAAGUAAUUCACGUAAAGAUAUAUAUUUUUUUCAAACAGGUUUUGCUACUUUCAAAAAUAAAUCUUUCUUUAUAUUGCUAAAAA